AUUUUAUUUAUCUUAUAACACCUUUCGUAAAUAUUAUUUUUUUUGUUCCCCUUUUGACAUUUUUUUUUAUUAAUUUUCAUCAACAAUGCACUUGUGUCUUUUACUUAGCAUAUUUUAAAUGCUUAUAAAAAGUGCAAGUAAACAAUAUACCAAAAAUGUAUAUUUUGACAACAAUUUCUUGCAUCACUUUUUUGACUUUCUUGUAUUGUGAAUUUUUGGCGGACUUUUUACAACUCUCACUGUGUCAAUGGCCAACUCUAGGAACAAAAAGUUUAAAAAAGGAAAUUGAAUUAAGAGCCAUGAUAAUUGCAGACACCCAUCUAAUUGGCCCCAUACAUGGCCACUGGCUAGACAGAAUAUAUAGGGAAUGGCAUAUGCAUCGGAGUUUUCAGGCCUCUAUGCGUCUCUUCGAACCAGAGGUGGUUUUUGUGUUGGGUGAUCUCUUCGAUGAAGGAGAUAUUGUUACAAGUCGUGAUUUCGAACAAUAUGUUGAACGCUUUCAUCGGAUUUUUAAGACACCAAGUAAUGUGCCCAUUAUUAGUGCUGUGGGCAAUCAUGACAUUGGUUUCCACUAUAAAAUGGAUAGAAGUUUCAUUAAACGCUUUUCGAAACAUUUUAACAACACGGGUGUAGAAAUUUAUACAAUCAAAGGGAAUCAUUUUAUUAUGAUUAAUUCUAUGGCAAUGCAAAAUGAUGGCUGUGGUUUUUGUAAUGCGGCACUGCAUGAUUUAAAUAGUAUAUCUGAAAAACUAAAAUGCCUCAAAAAUAAAGAUAGUUGCGAAGAUAAUGAGGUUCUACAAAAACACAAAACCUAUAAUCGUCCGAUUUUGAUGCAACAUUUUCCAACCUAUCGAAAAUCGGAUGCCGUUUGUAGAGAACAUGAUGCGCCAAGCAUUGAGUUCUUCCGCGAAAAUUGGGAGGUGCUCUCAAGAAAAUCAACAGAUUUAAUAGGCAAACUCCUAACACCACGAGUUGCUUUCGCUGGCCACAGCCAUCAUUAUUGCUUGAAUAUAAAUCGUUUUGGUAUAGAAGAGUAUACAGUAGCCUCUUUCAGUUGGCGCAAUAAAGUAGAACCGAGCUUCUUGCUGACUUCUUUUAGCGGCUCGUCCUACGCUGUCUCAAAAUGCAAAAUGUUAGCACAAAUGCAUGUCUACAAUACAUACAUAGCGGCUACGACAAUAUUAAUAGCAACAAUUAUUUUUCAAAUCUCAAGAAAAUUCAUGAGUAUAAGCAAAAAAGCCUGAGACCCUACUUUAUCAAUAAUGUAUUAUGAAUGAAAAUAAUAGUAGGAAAUGCUUAGAAUAAUAGCGAAAUCGGUGUUGGGUUGGUGCGGUUACCUUACAAGGUCAUUAUUUUAGAUUAUUCCAAAUUUAUUUUAAUUAAAAUUUAGUAUUUAAAUUUGAAUUAUUUUAUGAAUAAUUUUAAGGCUUCGGCUACUCCAGGCUAUCUACAAGCUAUCUUUACUAUAGAAAAAGUAUUAUUGUAGUUAUUUUAGUAAUCGUAAAAUGGUAUAUUUUAUGCUGUCGUGCAAUAAUUUAGAAAUUAAAAAAUUAUAUUCUAUACUUUCAAAAUACGAUAAAUAUUAUCUUACCAUUUUCCACUUCAAAUUUAAAUCAAAAAAAUAAUUUUUGUUAAAAUAUUUAUAUAUUGUUUUUGUUUUUUUUUUUUGACAUUUUAUUUAUUAAGUUGUAAAGCAGAUACCAAGCGUUAUCACAGACGUUCAUAAUUGGCCCGCAAUAGCAUAUAUGCAUAAAUAUCUUGUUACUGAUUAUGAUAAUUUUUCAUUUGAGACUAUAAUAUAUAGACAAACAUAAGUAUUAAAUGAUCUAUAAUCCGACUCAAACAAAUUACGUACAUUGAGGGUUAAAUAGGAUUACGAAAAGGCUACUAACUUUACAAGACAUUUAUUUUUUUGUUGAUGUUUUUUCUAUACAUUUGUGUAUUAAUGUACAUACAUCUGUAUUUUGAUGUUAAUUUAUUGUCCAAUUACUGCAUAUUUUGCUGUUAUUUUAUUUGUAAGUCUAUUAAAUGCAUUCUAAAUUAUAUUAUUGGGGAUACACCUAGUAGCACAAAUUAUGGAAAAAAAAAAUUAAUAUCCCAGCAAACAUUAAAGUCCAAAAACCGAUUAUACAACUAGAUUUUUGUAUAUAAUAACAACAUUUAUAAAAUUAUGAAGUUGAUGUUAUUUAUUUCAUACUUUGAUUUUCAAAUAAAUUUGGCUUUAAUAUGUAUAUGUAUGUAUUGAACAUUUUCCAGUGUAAAUAUACCUUUAUAAAUAAACUAUAUGCAUUUCUUUAACUAAUUGAUUUUUAAGUAUUUUGUGCACAAAUUUAAGAAAUAAUGUAUAUGUAUGUAAAAAAUAUAAAAAAUUGUUGUGACCUUAUCAUUCGUGAAUAACUUAUCGUUCUUAAAUAUUUACAUUUACGUAUAUAACUCUUGCCUUAUGUUGCUAUUAUAUAGACUUUAUUAGACUUGCAGCAAAAACGACCAAUUUCGUACUUGGAAAUGUUCUUACUUGUCUUUUGUUUACCUUUCAAUUUUUUUGCUUGUUUGCCUAAAAAUUUAACAAAUUACACCUGUAAAUGUGGACUUAAACACAUAUGCAUAAUGAAGUUCAUGAUUGGAAUUUUUGCUACACAUUUAAUUUCUAAUUAUAAACUGUUUACCUAAGCUACACAUUUACAUAUAUACACAUUAUCGGCUAAAAAAAUACAGGAACCACAAAAUGCAA